AUGGUCCACCCUCAGCCUGGACAAGAGCAAGGCUCAGCCUGGUGGAUCCCGGCUCUGAGUGCACAGAUGCCUCCUCAGACGGGCUCCAGCGAGAAGGGGACGAGUCCCAUUCCGGCCUUCCCGCAGCCUUUCACUUGGGAAGAGGUCAGGAUGCACGAUGGCCGUGGGGAGAGCCAGGAGCAGUGGCUGGUCAUCGACAGGAAGGUCUAUGAUGUCAGCAGGUUUUCCAAGAAGCACCCUGGAGGCAGCAGAGUUAUCAGCCACUAUGCUGGGCAAGAUGCCACGGAUGCCUUUGUAGCUUUUCACAACGAUAAGUCUCUGGUGAAAAAGUACUUGAGAUCUCUGCUGAUUGGGGAGCUGGCACCAGAUCAACCCAGCUUUGAGUCCAAUAAAAAGAAAUCCCUCCUGGAGGAUUUUCGUGAGCUGCGCUGCACUGUUGAGAAGAUGGGACUUCUGAGGCCAAACUACUUCUUCUUCUUCCUCGUUUUCCUUCACGUCCUGGUACUGGAUGCUGCAUCCUGGCUCGUGAUCUGGUACUUUGGCAUCUCCUUAGUGCCUUUCCUGGCUGGCAUGGCGUUCUUCACCGUUGCUCAGAUCCAGAUGGGCUGGUUCCAGCAUGAUCUGGGGCACUGCUCUGUCUUCAGGAAGCCCAGAUGGAAUCGGGUGCUGCAGAUGGUGGUGAUAAAUGUUCUGAAGGGCUUACCUGCCAGCUGGUGGAACCACCUGCACAACCAGCACCACGCCAAACCCAACUGCUUCCGUAAAGACCCUGACCUCAACAUGCACCCCAUCCUCUUCAGCCUGGGAAAGACACUUUCUGUGGAGCUUGGAAAGAAGAAGAAGAAGUUCAUGCCUUACAAUUACCAGCAUAAGUAUUUCUUCUUGUUGGCCCCACUUGCACUCAUCCCCUUCUUCCAGCUGACUAUAUUCCACUUUACAAUCAAGAGGAAAAAGUGGUUGGACCUGAUAUUGCUUGUGUCUUUCACCAUCCGAGUUUCCCUCAUGUAUAUUCCUUUAAUGGGAUUUAAGAACUUCAUGAUAUACUAUUGGCUGUCCAGGUACUUUGAGAGCACCUGGUUUAUUUGGGUGUCACAGAUGAACCACAUUCCCAUGGACAUUGGUUAUGAUCAGAACAAAGACUGGGUGUCUACUCAGCUCCAUGCAACCUGCAACGUGGAGCAAUCUUUGUUCAAUGACUGGUUCACUGGGCACUUGAACUUCCAAAUUGAGCACCACCUGUUCCCCACAAUGCCUCGACACAACUACUGGAAAGUAGCUCCUCUAGUGAAAAGCCUUUGUGAUAAGCACGGCAUUGAAUAUAAAACCAAGACUUUACUGACAGCCUUUGUAGAUAUUUUGCAUUCCCUGAAGGAUUCUGGGGAGCACUGGCUUGAAGCAUAUCUGCAUGGGUAAAAACUGGCAACUCUCAAAGGGAACCUCUUCACCACCCAACUGCUGCCAGGACUCAGCACAGACCAUCCAUGUGUGUGUCUUCAGGCAUAUAAAUUCAGGAGCUGGGCAAAGCUAAUUUCAGUAAGAAUCAAGUGGGAAAGUGGCUUAAAGAUACAUAUUUUUUUCUUGGUCUCAACCAUGAACCUCUAUUUUUCCUGCUCUCAAUCUCAGAAUUUAGAGAUGGGCUUUUAAACUGGGGAGAAUUUGAAUCAACUUGAUGAGUUGAACUUCAUUGGAGGCACCAGCUCAUUGCUUAUGGAAGAAGUUUAAACUGAAAUUCUUUAUAAUGUCAGAGAAUCAUGGAAUGAUUUGGAUUGGAAGGGACUUUAAAGAUCAUCUUGUUCCACGGGCAGGGACACCUUCCACUAGACCAGAUUCCUCCAAGUCCUGUCCAACCUGGCCUUGGACACUUCCACGGACAGGGCAGCCACAGCUUCUCUGGACAACCUGUGCCAGGGCCUCACCACCCUCACAGGGAAGGAUUUCUCCCUAAUAUCCAAUGUAAACCUGCUCUCUGUCAGUUUAAAACUAUUAUCCCUUGUUCUGUCACUACAAGUCCUGGUUAAAACUCUCUUCCCAUCUUCCUUACAAGCCUCUUUCAGUAUUAAGGUCUCAGUGUUUUUGGGAUAGCACAAAGCAAACUGCAGGAAGUCAGGAGAUAUUAGGGCAGGGGGAAUCUUUAAGGGAUAUUUCUGAAUAGAUAAAGGUGCAAAGAACAAGAUGGCCUGGGGUAUGUCCCCGUUGCUACUGAUCACAUGUAAACUACUUGUUCUGAUUACUUAGGUGCUAUAACUAGUUCUGUUCAUGGAUUGCGUGGGGAGGGAGAUAAUUAAUUGCUGGUUUACACCUGUAGUAGGCAGUUUGAAUCCAGUUUGUAUAGCAUGUAUUAUUUAUAGGCAUAAAUACAUGUAUAUAUGUUAAUUGAGUGCUAACUGUGCUGUCUGACUGGCUUUCUGAUGUAGACCAGCCUUGAAUAAGAUUGAGAACAAGCCUAAGCACUGAGGAGCAGGUCCACAUUUCAAGGGUGUUUAUGGCACUCUUGCUUUUAUUGAGUUUUAUGUGUAUUAAAUUUUAUCUAAAUGAUUAUUUCUUGGUCAUUCCAAGGACCUGUGGUUAUGGUCAAGGACAGCUUCUGCUGGUGGAAAGUGUCAUACACACCUGUGUAGAGGCUCUCCAAGAACACUGCUGGGUUUUGAGAGAGACAAUAAAAGAAAGAAGUGGGUCUAUGGUUGAAUAUUUUCAUUCAGAGUGCUUUAAAUUGUAUGGGAAAGGUAAAAUGUCAAGGCAGAGAGAUGAAUAACAGAUAGUAAAAAUAGAGGAUGUAUGAAAGAACAAGUUGAUGUGUGGUUAUCAUUUAACAGCAGGGAAAAAAGCAGGGGGAAAAAAGCUGAGUGGUGAUAACCUGGUUGUUUGGAAAAGCUAAAAUAGAAAAGCUAAAAAUAGGAAAAAAAGAGAAAUUGUAAGAAAUUAUAGCUAUAAUUAUGAAUAAAGUUCUUCUUCAUGAUUUUUGGAUUGAAAUUAAUUCCUGGUUUAGAAAGAGUGUGAGAUCUCUGAUUAAUCUUGCUGAUUUUGCAAAGGAAUUCUGAUUCAAUGAUAUCUCCCAAUACUGUGUAGAGCAAAGAUAUUCCACUAGGAGAGAGCUGAGCCACACUGGCAGAACCUGUGUUGUGCUAUGUCCACCUAAUUGACCAAAACCCGUGAAGGUGAGUCUACAAUGGCAAGUAAAUAGACAAUUUGCCCACAGAAACAAAGACCAUGUGGUUCUUCUCCUCUACCAUUCACACCCAGAGCUUUCAGGGGACAAAACACCCACAGGAGGAAGAUGUGGAAGAUCUUAAAGUGAGAUACCACCAUGAACAACUGAGCAGCAACUCAAGUGUUACAAGCUACAGGCACCAACAGCCUCUUCUAGGUAACAAGAUCAAGCCCCCACACACAAAGCAGGAGUUUGGGCUUUUCAUUUUUGCCUUUGUUGUUUUAAGAACAUCUCCAUUUCUUCUUUUUAUUUAUAUUUCUUUUUUGUGUAGGUGCAGGUACUAAUAGCAUUGUUCUGGUUAUUUCAUAAUAAUAGUUGACAGAUGCCUUUGAGAAUGAUCCUGUUUAAAAAAGAAGCUGUUAAAAAAAAAAUCUGUUUAAAAUGUAAUUUGGAAACCUCUGCUAACUAGUGCCUAUACCAAUUCUGUAUUCUGAAAUCCUAGCCUGGUUAGAAUGGUGAUAUCCACAAUUAUUUGCAACAGUAGAAACAUUUUAUAAAUAUUUAAAGGACAAUACUGUCUUAACAUGACUGCAGGAAUUGUAUUGCAUGCACAUGAAGAUAGUGUUAAACUGAUGUCUUGCUGAAGGCAAUAUAAAUAUUAAGGAUGCCUAUAUUUUUUUUUUACCGGUGAGACUUGAAAGCUUUGUUCAUUAUAUCCUGAGUCCCACUGAAACCAGCAUAAGACUGAUGCAAAAUGAUUCUUUCUGGUGUGACUCAUAAAUCUGAUGAUUUGUUGCAUUUAAUUGGAAUUCUACUUCUUUGAGUGUUGUUAUUUAUUGAGUUUGUCUUUUUGCAGCCUCAUUUUAAUUAAAAUGUCUUGUCUCCGAUUGGCUUAA